UGUCGGAACAAUAUAAAGCUAGUUUUAUUGAACUGAUUAGAGAUCCCAUUGAUCUCUGGAUACCGGGUAUAGAAGUGUAUAAGGUAAAUCAUUGUAUUCCUCAUCGAAAUAUACUGACAACUCGAAACAAAUAUGGAAGACUGGGGCUAGUUGAUCAUAAGGUUCCAGGAUGGAAGGAAUCGAUCCAAGCGCUGAAGAAGAAAUGGCUGGUGACCACGGCCACCCUCGCUCAAAUGAACUCGAGGAUGUCGCAGGACCGCCAGGAGAACGAGUUAUCACAACUUCCGAAGCUGCCGCUUCCAUCUCUGGAACAAACAUUGGCAAAGUACGAAAAAACCAUGCAACCUCUCCUGGAUGAAAAGGGUAAAGUCAAACUAAGGAAUCUGCUGAAAGAAUUCGGUGAAAAACAUGGUCCUCGACUGCAGGCCUAUCUUCUGGAACAACAAAAAAUUAAACAGAACUGGGCUUAUGACUACUGGCUGAACGAUAUGUACCUCAAGAACCCAAACGCUUUACCCGUGAACUCCAACCCUGGCAUGGUUUUUCCUCCCCGAAAAUUCACAACCAUUCUGGACAUAGCUCGUUUCGCCUCAAGACUACUUGUAGCAGCCUUAGACCAUAAAGAGAUCCUAAACAGACAGAAUCUACCAAUAGAAAGAGCUACCUCCAGAGAACCUGGACAACCACUUUGCAUGUCACAGUAUUACAGGAUUCUAGGAUCCUGCCGGAUACCUGGAGAAUACGGGGAUUCCCAGUAUUUGAGUCCUCAAUCAUCAUCUAGUUCCUUAGUCAAUGAGCACGUUAUAGUCAUAUGUAGAAGUCAAUUAUAUUGUGUUACAGUACAAGCAACCGAUAGAGGCAGACUUUCUGAAGAUGAACUGUGUGCACAAAUUCUUCACAUACUAGACGAUGCACCUUGUUUGAAUAACCCUCCUCCUAUUGGUCUACUCACGGGAUGGAAACGCCCUUUAUGGGCUGAAGCAAGAGCAUUAUUGCUUCUAGAUGAAAACAAUAGGAGAAAUUUAGACCUUAUAUCGAAAUCACUAUUAGUAAUUUGUUUGGACGAAGCACUGCCUCCCAGCUUCAACUGUCGUCUUCAAAGAGGAGCAAAAGGUCAUUCAGCUGGUAAUCGAGAUGAGGCCAACCUGGCUGCACAAAUGCUGCAUGGUGGAGGAAGUUCAUACAACUCAGCUAAUAGAUGGUUUGAUAAAACUAUCCAAAUAAUUUUAUCUGGUGAUGGAGCUUGUGGUCUUUGUUACGAACACUCAACUGCAGAGGGAGUAACCGUUAUCAACCUAAUGGAGAAGCUUUGGAGCUAUGCUGAUAGUAAAAUGGGAGAGAACGAAGUUCCUACAGCUUCCGUUGGUCAUCUACCCCCUCCUGAACGACUAGAAUGGUAUUUAACGAAAGAAGACUACCUCAACAUGGAAAAAGCAGCCAAGUUCCUAGAUAACCUUGUGAAGGAUCUGGAUUUUCAAGUGUUCAGGUUUAAUAAUUAUGGAAAAAAUUUCAUCAAAUCUUGCAGUGUUAGUCCUGAUGUUUAUGUUCAGUUGGCUCUGCAAUUGGCUUACUAUAGGUUGUAUGGGAAAUUAACAGCUACCUACGAAAGUGCUUCUACAAGGAGAUUUGCUUUGGGAAGGGUAGACUGCAUAAGAUCAGCAAGUCCAGAAGCUCUAACUUGGGUCACUGCAAUGUCCCAGUUAAAGGAAGAUGAUAUGCUUGGUAAAAAGGUAACUUUUCACCUGGUAAGUGACGAAGAGAAGCUAAGACUCUGGAAUGAAGCAGUUCGACAACAAACCAGGGAAAUGAUUGACAACAUUCUUGGAGAAGGCAUUGAUAUCCAUCUCCUAGGACUCAAGGAAGCAGCUAAAGACACUUCUCCUCAUGCCAAUUUUCCUCUGCCAGAGAUUUUCACGGAUAGUUCUUAUAGGUUAGCGAAUACAUUUUUGUUGAGUACUAGUCAAGUUGCUACUAGUGGUGAUAGUUUUAUGGGAUACGGUCCUGUAGAACCAAAUGGAUAUGGUGCUUCAUAUAAUAUUAAAGGUGAUAGUAUUAUUUUCUGUCUUUCUGCUUUUUGGUCAUCUGAAAUUACGAGUACAUCACGAUUUGCGCAGGCUCUAGAAGAAAGUUUGAAUAUGUUGCAAGCUUUGCUCACAAGACCACAAUAAGAAAAUACCUUUCAAUAAUUUAUAGUUAUCGUGGUUUGAUAAAAAACAUUAUUUAGGAUUAGAUGAAGUCGUUGAAUGAAUAUUGCCGAAAGGCAGAUUGACAAAAUGAAAUAGAAAUCAAGGAAUAUUAUGCCUACAACAUUUGAUGUCCGACUUAUAUUUGUGAUGAAUCAACUAUUUACAAUUUUUAACAUGACUGAAAUUGUGGCCAUCAUAUAACUGAUAUUGGACGUAAUAAUCUCGGUAUCUACCUUACUAUUCGAAUAUCGAAGUACUAAUAUUUUUCUAUAUUUUCUUCUUUACCUUUAUGUUAUGAUUUGAAUGUUAUGUGAAAUAGUUUUAUGAGAUGACUUGAAAGGAAAAAUAGUUCAUUAUUUGUAUUCAUAUAUUCAAUCUUUAAAAAAAAAAUUCUUGUAAUUGCAACUCCUGAUUAUAGAGAAAGUAUAAUUCUGAUAUAACAUAUCAAAAAAUUUGAAUGUAAAUAAGAAACAAUUUUAUUAUCUUCUCGACCUUAAUUUUAGGACUAAAAAGAGAAGGGAAAAAGGAAAAACUUAUAUAAUUUGAUUGAAAAAUGAAGCUUCAUUCAGGAAGUAAAACGACAUAUGAAUUUGGUCUUUUAUAAUUGUUACGGAUUGUUCAUUUGAUUGUUAUGUAUUAUUAUUAUUAUUAUUGAUAUGUUUCCGUUAUCAAUAUGAAGCUUUGAUUUCCUUCUUGUUUUGCUUUUGGAAAUCGUCAUUAGUUUAUUGAACUUGUUGAAAUAUUAUAAAUAAUAUAUAAAUAUUGUUGUAAAGUUGUUGAAUGUUACCUAUAAGAUGUAAGAUAGAAUUAUGGUAAAAGAGAUUGAUUGAUAUAUCUAUUAUU